AUAUAAUUCGUAGAAAAAGAAGAAACCCCUUUCGCAUUCAGCGCCCAAUUUUUUAUUUCUGUCUCUGUAUAAACCCAUCUCCUCAGAACCGCAGACAGAACUCCAGCAAGCUAGAGCAAAAAUGAAGGACUCAAUUGUUCUUUACUUAUCACUUCCUCUCAUUCUCCUCCUUCUUGCUUUGAAAUUCUUCAUGCAAUCAAAAAAAUCCCACCAAAAUCUACCCCCACGCCCACCUUCUCUUCCAAUCCUCGGCCACCUCCAUGUCCUGAAGCCACCCUUCCACCGUAAACUCUACGCCCUCUCGCAAAAAUAUGGCCCAAUCAUGUCCCUCCGAUUUGGCUCCCGCCCUGUUGUCGUCGUAUCCUCUUUCUCCCUAGCCGAAGAAUGCUUUACAAAAAACGAUAUCGUUUUCGCCAAUCGCCCCAAGUUACUGAUGUCCAAGCACUUGAGCUACAACAGCACCACCGUCGUAGCCGCACCUUACGGCGAUCACUGGCGCAAUCUCCGCCGUAUCGCCGCCAUCGAGAUCUUCUCGUCGCAUCGACUCAACACGUUCCUAUCCAUUCGGAAAGAUGAGAUCAGGCGAUUACUUCACAAACUGAGCCGCGAUUCCCGUCAAGAUUUCGCCACGGUCGAGCUGAAAUCCAUGUUUGCGGACUUAAAUUUCAACAUUUCGAUGAGAAUGGUGGCGGGGAAGCGGUAUUACGGCGACGGAGUGGUUGACGAAGACGAGGCGCGGAGGUUCAGGGAGCUGAUUAGUGAGAUCGGCGCGUACGGUGGAGCAACGAAUCCGGGAGAUUUCUUGCCGAUUCUGAACUGGAUCGAUGGCGGCCAGUUUGAGAAGAGAGUCAAGAGGCUGAGCAAAAGAACGGACUCGUUUUUGCAGGGAUUGAUCGACGAGCGCAGAAGUAAAACGGAUGCUGUAGAAAGCACGAAUACAAUGAUUGAUCAUUUGCUUUCUUUGCAAGAAACUCAGCCAGAGUACUAUACCGAUCUGAUUAUCAAAGGUCUCAUAUUGGUGAUGUUAUUGGCUGGAACCGACACCUCAGCAGUCACACUGGAAUGGGCAAUGUCAAAUUUGGUCAACCAUCCUGACAUUUUGGAGAAGGCGAGAGUAGAAUUAGACCGUGAAAUCGGUCAAGAAGUCUUGGUGGAUGAAUCAGAUAUUAGCAGAUUAUGUUAUCUCCAGAAUAUAAUAUCGGAGACACUGAGGUUAUAUCCGGCGGCGCCACUUUUAGUGCCACAUUUGUCAUCGGAGGACUGUGUUGUCGGGGGGUAUGAUGUGCCGCGUGACACCAUGUUGUUGGUCAAUGCUUGGGCCAUACAUAGGGAUGCUGAGUUGUGGGAUGAUCCAACAAGUUUCAAGCCCGAGAGAUUUGAAGAUGGGGAGGGAGAGACCCAUAAGAUGUUGCCUUUUGGGAUGGGAAGAAGGGCCUGUCCUGGGUCGGGGUUGGCCCAAAGAGUGGUGGGCUUGACUUUGGCCUCACUAAUUCAAUGCUUUGAGUGGGAAAGGAUUGGAAAAGAGAAAGUUGACAUGAGUGAGGGUAGAGGUGUUACCAUGCCCAAAGCCAUUGCAUUGGAGGUUAAGUGUAGAGCUCGUCAUAAAAUGGACAAAGUUUUAGGUAGCAUGUAGUUGUUGUAUUUGUAUGAUACAGGGAUUUUGAACCCCACCAACUUCUACUUUAUAUAUAUGAUUGAAUGAUUUUCAAUUAUGAUAUCAUGUAGGAUGUAACAUAACACUAAAUGAAAUGGUUAAAUGAUU